GUGUCGGUCGAAGGGCAAGGUAAGCCAUUACCAGGUAGACUGGCACGCAAGGCGAGGCAGUGCGCAGUGCUCGAACGUUGAGUGCUGCUAUGAAGUGUGUCCAAGAGCUGAGGCAGUUGCUGGAUUAACAUCAAGUGCACAAACUGUGCUGAGUCUCAUGUUGAAGUGGACAGUGGGACACAAGAAGGCCGCAGGAGUUAAGCGUUCACCAUCUGGAGGAACGGGGGCCGGUGGCGGUCCAUGCUACAGCAUCAGGCGAGCUGCAGCCAAAUUCCAUCUGUCCAGGAGGAGAAACCGAACGCCUUCCGCUCCUGGGUUGGAACCACAGCAAGGUGACAGCCGAGAACGCAGCAAGAGUUUUGACAAGGAGAAUCGGGACCGUGAACAGAACAAGAAGUAUGAAAGCCUGUCUCCCAGAACACGUGACAGCGUGUACAUGCGUCUGGAUACAGUUCCGGCGGCCCUUCGGGAUCUCAGCAACCACUACCAAACUUCGCCCGUGGGCUCCCCAGCGCCUCCUGUGGUCAAAAGAAGCAGGAGUAGAGCCCGGAAAGUGCGCUCUGCGAGAUAUGCGUGUGAAUGUCUUCAAGAAACUGUAAAUGCUACAGAAGUACGGUCUGCGGAAGAGUGCCUUGACUUUCACCUUCGUUCCGUUCCUCCCCAAAACGAAGAAAUUUCGCAUAUUCCAGACACUGGAAUCAGCACAACAAUUGGUGUCGUGCCUCACAACUCCAUACCCGUGGGCCACAAAGGUGGCGACACUGUGGUACUAAAAUCUUCCACGGUAUCGACUCAGUCGCCUUUACAAAUAGAAUAUUCCCCGUGUCCUGUAAGGACCACUAGAAGUCUCCUGGCACUCAGACGUCGCUUAACCGACGUGUUUGUGCAACCGUAUCAUAGCGUUGGAUCGCUUCAACCGCCUUCUCAAAGCAGUCAUGACAACCCACUGUACUUUUAUUUACAACAGGCGAAAACGUCGCCUUGUGCCGUGUUUCAUAAUAAAAAAUCAGAUUCUGAAUUUAGCAAAUGUGAUUUAACAAAAUCUCCAAACGGACAGUGUUCCGAUGACGUCCCGUUAAAAUUUAGAAAGAAAGAUCCUAGUCUGUGUUUUAGUGCAAGAGUGGGUUAUACUUACAACACCGAAGACAAUUCUUCUGAUACUAAGAAACAAAGUACAAAAGGUUUUACAUCAGAACAGAGAAAUGCUACUCUUCGCGAUAGACAAUCAAAUUCGAAAAAAAUGUCACUAUCUCCAUUAUCACGUAAUUUGGCUUCAUUGAGGCUGAGCAGUGGUUCUAAAGAAGAAUGCAUCCUACAACAGUUUUCACGUAUCACUCCGCCAUCUCCGUUUCUGAAUUCCACAACCUUCAUUUCCAACGUAAUUUCAACGAGUCAUAAUCAACGAGCCCUGGCAUCCAACGAAUUACGUACAGCACACGACGUAACGGACCCAAGGUUUCUGAGCUUGUACUCGGUGUUAGAAUCGGCUGAUGUUCCCAUAAGCAUUCCAAAGAAAUCAGCGACAAUAAACUCUUCUGCUGACGUGUUACAUAAUAAUAAUAAUAAUAAUAACGAGAGCCCACACACUCCAACAUCUCAGUGCCCGGUUAAUCGAAUUCUGUGUUAUCCGGAAGAAAGUCCGGUGAAGAGGACAGAUGUUUCUCAAGGAACUUUCUGUGAAUUAAGGAAAAGAUCUUCUCUCAGGCGAACAAGAACUCUGACUUCAAACAGUGAAGAAGGCCCUCCUGUGAAAAUGCAACCAGUAGUUUUAUCCAACGGCCAAUUAAUAAUGCCUGUGCAUAAUAAUAAAUUGACGACAGAGAAUUACGCUCGAGGUCAGACUUGUCAGAGCUUGGAAUCGCCAAAUACAAGACCCUUAAGACGAAGUGCAGAAGUUAGAAAGACGAAGAGAAGUUUGAGGCGUUCCUCGAAGGCCCUGACUGAAAAUUAUGAACACGUGUCUCCGAAAGGCGUGGAGGGCGAAAUAUCUUAUAGUGAGAAUGUGGUCUGUGAUAGCGUCUACAGUAAUUUAGAUUCUUCCCGUUUUGACAUGAAUUCAGAUAGUUUGGAAGACGAAUCUAUGCUCAAAAGGCAAGGAGGAUUUCGUCGUCGCCAGAGGACGGUUUUCAGAAGCAGUGCUACCAGUGAUCCUUGUUUACUGAAUAUCCCUAUCAGACGUUCAAAUAAUAAACUGACUGGACUCACCCUGCCAAAUGGAAUUCCUAGUAAAUUUAGUCCGCAAGACACGAAUACUUCUUGGACUCACAACCAGACUAUUAUUUCGAAUGACAUAAAACCUCGUGAUAUGUCGUGCCAUAUUGUCGGUUUGCCCAGAACUAAAGCAGUGAAAACUUCUAGUCAUCACGAUAUCUGUAAUCAGUCAUCUGGUGUACUUAGUCGCCUUACCGGCACUGUCAGCUGCUCGGAUAUACCAGGGAGGGAGCCAAGUUUUGGUCUUACUUUGUCUAAAGGCAUCCCGAGCCCACCGAGUCCAUCAAAUGAAGACGACGAUCAGUAUAGUUCCUCGGUUGGCAUAGCUGGGAUUCGACCACUUUCGUCAUCUCCCGUUCAGCCUCUAGGUCCCUGGAGACAGAAUACGCCACGCGCCGAAGACAACGGAUCGUCAUCCUCGGAUGACACGUGGAAUUCUCACAACGUGCGUCUCACUGACGGACACGUGGUAAAAGGUGUCACAGUGGAAGAGGCUGACUGUCAUAUGAAGGAAGACGAACAUGUCUCCUCUAGUGCGCCCUUCUUAGGUCCGAGCCCUAUGGCCCUGGUGGAAGGCCGGUCGCGGUCCAGACGUUGUCUACUGUUCGCGUCGCCAUGUUGCAUUUCGAGAACUAGAAGAACGGCCUCAGUAAGAACCAGUUCCUGGAGAAUGAGCAAGGAUUUCAGUCAGAACAGAGGUGAAUUACAGCUGGCUUUAUAUGGUAACUCUGGACUUCUUACAAUUCAUGUAAUCAGUGGAAAAAACCUCCACAGGACCGGUGGUAGGGCUUGCAACGCUUACGUAAAGGUGACGCUGAUGCCAUCCAGUGAAGAGCGAACCUUCCACCGCACGUCGGUUCACCGGGAGUCCAGUACUCCGUGGUUCGACCAGAAGUUCUCCUUCGAGGUUCUGCCCACCGAAGAGGAUAAGAGGGUGUUCGUCUCUGCUUGGCACCGCGACAAGGAAAAGAGGAGGAGCGAGUUCCUGGGUUGCAUGUCCUUUGCCGUGAAACAUGCAGUUAAGAAGGAAAUCAGCGGAUCAUUUCGUCUUUUGUCACAGAAUGCGGGUCGCACACAAAAUGUGUCUGGGGAUCCCCCGGUGGGCUCGGGAACAAAACCUUCCGUGAUGGCGCGCCAGUCCGACUCGAGUGUCGAGGAAGUAGCCAGCAUAGACGAGUCUGAUGUGGUCCCCACACCAGCAAUGGAACGGAGGAAGAACUAUGCGAGGAGGAGAACGGAAGGAACAGAAACAGGAAGUGACGACAGCAGUUUUCUCCGACACCUGGAACUGGAACCUUCUGGAGACUCAGGUCCAGGACGAGGUUUAGGGUCAGCCGUGGGACCCGGGAUCGGUAACAAGGGAGGACGCACUCCUUUCACGACGACAAGACGCCUAACCCGACAUGGGAACGCAGGGUUCGGUUUCUCAAUCGCGUGGACCCAGCCUCCAAGAGUGGAGCGUGUGGAGGCGGGUAUGCCUGCUGACAGGUCUGGACUAAGACCUGGUGACUACGUCAUCUUCGUGGAGAGGCACAACGUGGUCACAAUGCCGGAGGAAGAUAUCCUUCGCCUCAUCCGGUCGUGUGGAAACCAGCUCACCCUGGAAGUGUAUCGUCGGGUCAGUCCUAAUGGCCUAGUUGGGAGCUCAAACCUCAGCAGUAGUACCACGACGGUGCCACUCCCCGCUCCGCCUCGCUCCUCUACCACAACCUCACUGGACCUCAGCAAGAGGAGACUCCACCUUCCUCAGGUCACGUUCAGCAGCGAGACCGAUCCGCUGAACAGGGAGGAAUCUCGGCGCAGUGCCGUGUACCAGUUGCUGCACAAAGAACAGAACUACUCUCUGUGUCUGCAGUACGGCCUCAGCAGGUUCCUCGUGCCGCUGUCCGAGAGACGGGACCUUCUCAACCUGCUACGUCUGACAGAGGACAUCUUGGAGCAUCUCGUUCACGACGAGGCCGAACCGUACGGCCAGUCCGUUGGCAGAGUCUACCUCAAAAAGAUGCCAAUUAUGACUGCUGGUUACCGGCGUUACCUCUCAGGACUCAAAAGGGCUGACUGCCUCCUUGCGGCCAAGACUCGAAACCCUGACUUCAUGCGCCUCAUUGUCGAGCCCCCCGUGCCUCGGCGUCGUCCGGACCUCACUGCCUUCAUCCACAAACCGCUCGAGCAUUACCGAGACGUGCUGAAACUCCUGCAGACAAUUCUAAACUACACAAAAGUAAAGGAUGAAGACUAUUCUGCCUUACUUCGGGUGGUACAAGAAUUGCAGACGACGUAUCGCGAGGCCACGAUGGGAUCAGGAUUGAUGGAACCCGAGGGCGAGGGUCGACCAUUAUUGUCGCUUCAGGACCUUGAAAGUCGUCUUGUCUUCACGCGCUGUAAACCGUUCGUGCUGAGCUCGCCCGGUCGGCAGUGGAUAUUUGGCGGAGACCUGAGCCGUGUGGAAGGUCGCUCUGUUAGGCCGUUCUGGGCUCUGCUCUUCACCGACCUGAUAGUGUUCGCCAAGGUGAGCCGUGACCGGGUUCUCUUCAUCACCGAGGAGCCAUUGUCGCUACUGUCCGUCACGCAAGCCUUCUUCAACAUUCGCAAGAAAGCCAACGAGUUCCGGUUGCUGCUGGAUGGGGAUGCUGAAGGAAUGGACAGCCCUGUUCCAGGAGGCUGUGGCCCUGAACUUCCACUCUCAAGGAACCCAAAGAAAAGCGCUAGGAGACGCACCAUCUCUCUACGAGCUCCCACAGCAGAGCUCAAAGCUGUGUGGCAGAACCUUAUUCAAAGGCAGAUAAUCUACCUGAACACAACGAGAGGUGGCACCCCAGCCAGUAGCCCUUUGGACUCACCCGAUCCGCCCACAACGCUCUCUGUUGCGACGUUGGAUUCAUUCCCUCUGCGUCGCCAGACUCCGAUGCCUGAUUGCAAGUCACUGGAGAAUUCCCAGAGACAUUUAGACGACCUUAUUGAGCACAGGUGCAGGCAGCUGGGCAAGUCUGGAGAGAGCAAAGGCAGUGCCCUGCAUCUGGCACAAUGGAUGAGAGGACAGCUGGGGGGCGCAUCCAUGACACCUGAUGAUGAACCAGAACCUGAAGUCUGGUCGCCAGAGACCCUGAGACGCCACGGUGAGCAGCUGCAGAUCAUGGCUGUGAGGAGCGACAGCAAGUGUGAAGAACUGGAGAUGUCGGACAUGGAACGAAGUCAGUCGCGGAGUACGGAACGCAGCAGGUCACAGACAUCGUCUGACAGCCAGGUAACGGUUCGAUCGGGAGGUCCUGAGAAGACAGUGUCGGUAUGUCGACAAUGUCACAAGACGUGUCUGGCCAACAGCAACAUAACACAGCAGCGGGCCACUACAGACAACAACAAUGGACUCGGACUGGAUGUGGAUGAUGAUGAUGACUAUGAUGACAACUGGGGUCCUCUCAUCCUGAUGGGCAUGACGACAGCGCUCAAUGCAACAGUGGGUCUUACCAAGUCCACAGUCGACCCUUUCUCUCCAACCGAGGUGCCAGUCAUCUCCGUCCUACCCCCAACCCCCGACACCACACCAAGAAACUCUAACUUUGAGUGGGACAAUGGAGAUCUCACCAGUCUCCCUGUGGGACCAACUACUCCGUUGGACACCACAUUACAGAAACAGAAUUCGUUUCGCAAUAAAUAUGAUGAGGACGACGAUGAGGACGAUGACAGUGCAGGCAACUCACUGCAAGACCAAGAACCACCAUACCGGUCACUGACGUCCCCUGGUGGCAUGAGGAGGUACGGCACGCUGCCCAGCCUGGAGAUGCUGGACGAGAAAGAGCAGGCGGCCGAGGAUUCCACGGACUCGGAAGGCAAUGGCGAGUGGGACACGGAUGCUGAGGAAGAGGACUGCAACAAGAAACAGGAAGACUCGCCGGGACCCCCACACCUGGAAGUAGUAACACAGUCACUCAGGGGCUGGACUGCGAGAGCGGGGUCCUUCAUGGCAGAAAAGAUGGCGCUGUUCGAAAGAAUGGGUGAGGAUUCUGGAGCGGCCACAUUCCUUGACAGAUACCUGAGGCCAACAGCAGAUAGUCAACAGCAACCUGUGUGUGGAGACUCUCCCCCUGAUCCCAAUACAGCAUCAUCUGGAGAUGAGUGCUCCACCUCAGCGGCCACAUCAGGCGAGGAAGUGUGGGGCACACCAACGAGUGGGGGGGAACUGGAUGAGGAGCUGGUGUUCCCUCCUGUAGUGUCGCAAGAAUCACCCGCAGACUCAACAUCAUCAGCUGGGAUGGGCGAUGAUGACACAGAGCUGAUGAUGGAUGAACUGCUGGCAACCCCACCACUCUCUAGUAGUGUGAGAGGAUUUCCUUCCAGAAGACGACUGGAACCUCUCCCAGAAGAAGAGGACAUGGACAGUCCUACACUAACAACUGCUCCUGUCAUAGAAAAGGAAACUCCUUCUCCUGAACAGGGCAGCGAGUCUGGCGUUGUUGCUGACAUUUACCGUCACACCCCACCCCUCCCAGUGCCAGUAACAACUCCUACCCCAGUCAAUAUCAAGCAGCAGCAGGGUCCUGGCUUCUUCAACCGACUGCGACUGCGUGGACAGCGCGAGGAGCCCCAUCAAGUGAAGAACAGCAGACUUCUUGGUUUCCUGAGU